CAUCCUGUACAAACAUGGCGGCGCCCUGAUAAAUGUCACAUUUGCUCCUCUUAAAAACAUUCAUAUACUGUUUUCUGUUUAAUUGGUUGAAACGGGAGCAAACAGGAUCGUCAGUUGCUGAAAUUUCGCUUCGCGUCGCUGACCGUCAUCAGAGGUAUCGCGCUUGAUUUAGAAGUUUAUUUUAACUGAAGCUAAAGUGAGCUGCUAGCGCUAGCUCGGGUUCUGUGUAAUGACAUUCUCAGUUGCAUGACACAGUAACAUUUCAGUGACCAUCAUGGUGCAUUUAUCGUCAUUCCUCCUGAAGAAGUACCACGGGGGUCACGUCGUCAUCCGACUGGCUCUCGCAGGCCACAAACAGGCCAACAGACCCUUUUACCGCAUCGUGGCAGCGUACAACAAAAGGGCGAGAGAUGGGAAAUACUUAGAGCAGCUGGGCACCUAUGACCCCCUCCCCAACAUCUACAACGAGAAACUCGUCAGUUUCAACUUUGAUCGCAUCAAGUACUGGAUCGGCUGCGGCGCACAAACGACCAAACCGGCGGCCAAGCUUCUCGGAUUAGCAGGAUUUUUCCCUCUACACCCCAUGACGAUAACAGAGGCAGAGCGCCGACGAGCCAAGCAGCAGCAGCAGCAGCAGCUGACGGAGGCAGCGAGAGAGACAGAGGGAUCUGAGGAGGAGGCGGGACACAAGCCGUCUGAAGUGUGACGGCUGAAGCUGGACUCUGUGUGACCGUCCACUUUCAAACGGAUGUCACAGCCAUUUGAAAAGAGAACAGAUGGAUUUGUUUUGCGACCGUUGUCUUUAUCACUUGUUUGUCUGAUGCUUCAUGUUUGAAUGGAGAAAGCUUCAAGCUGCAGUUUAUUUCAUGUGAAGUCAUUAAAAUUUUCCAAUAUUAUUCUGUU